AUGACAAGGUUUUAUAAGGAUUAUUUGGGGGGAAAUUAUUAUUUUAGCAAAAUAUUUUCAUACAUAAUAUCAUAUAUUUAUAAUAAAGAUAAUUUUUUUAAAAAACGAACAAUUAAAUAUGAUGUAUUUAGUAAUUACAAAAAUAGUUUGCCCUUGAAAAAAAAAAGAAAUAUAAAUGAAAACCAGAGAAAAAAUAUAGUUGUUCAUUUUCCUACUAAUGAAAUUUGUUAUUUUUAUUAUCACUAUUUUUUAUAUAUUUUAUUACCACAAUUUACCUUUUUAAAUAAUUAUGAAAAAAAAAAAAUAAUUGACAACAUUUAUCUAAUUAGUAAUAACAUAAACGAUAGUGCAAAAAGUCACAUAUAUAAUAAAAUAAAGGUGGAAAAUUUUAACAUAAUUUUUUGUAGUAAUAUUUUACCACAAAAAAAAUAUGAUUAUAUUAAUAGUUUGACAUUAUUUUUGGAAAAUCGAUUUUUUCUAAACUUAUAUAAUAAGGAAAUACACCUCAAUAAUGAACAAAGGAAUGAUAACAAAUACCAGUGUAAUUCUAAUAUUAGACAUAAUGAAGAAAAAAAAAUAUAUAAAAAUAAAUUAUUUCCUCUAAAAAGGAAAAGAAAUAUUUGGAAAAAUGGUAAAAAUAACAAUUUAAUAUUUUUCAAUCCAAAUGAAAUAAACACAUUUUGUAAUAACUUUUUAUAUAUUUCUUACAUUUCUAAUAAUAGUUUUGAACAAAAUAAUAUUGCAUUUAUUCGAAGAAAAAAUAUAUUAAAUCCAUUUGUAAAAUAUAAUACUAUAAUAGAAAACAUUAAUUCAAAAAUACAUUGGAUAGAUCACUAUUCUUUUUAUGAAUUUUAUUCCAAAGCAUAUCUUAGUUUUGUUAAUUAUAGAAUAUCCAUACUUCAGAAUAUUGUGAAUACACAUUAUGAGAAAUUAAGAAAAAGUAAAAGUGAAAAAAUAUCCUUGAAAAAAAAUAAGCAUACAAACACAUUACGCUUUUUUUUAAAAUACAAAAAUCUUUUAUUAGAUUCGAACAUAUUUUUUAAUUUUUCUAAACAAAUAAUAUAUUUAGAUUUCAAGGAUGGUGUUAGUUUAUAUAUAAAAUAUUUGGAGGGAAUUGAAGCAGCUUCUGUAUUUCCAAAAAAGCAAAAUCGUAUAUCUUUAUCAAUCCCGAUAAAUAACAUAUAUAGAUAUAAUAAAAAAAUGAUAAUUAAAGAAAUGGAAAAAUAUAUUAAUAUACACAUAUGGAAUAAUAACCAAAAAUUGUUAUUUUAUUCAAGAUUAAAGAAUAUUAAAUUUCGAAAAUUUUACAAUUAA